AUGGUGCAUCUAACUCUUGAGGAGAAGGCUAAUGUCAUUGCCUUGUGGGGCAAGAUAAUGUUGGAUGAAGUUGGUGCUGAAACGCUAGGCAGGCUGCUGGUUGUCUACCCCUGAACUAAGAUUCUUGAGCACUUUGGGGACUUGUCCUCUGCUGAUGCUGUUAUGAGGAACCCUAAGGUAAAGGCCCAUGGCAAGAAGGUGCUAGACUCCUUUACUGAAGGCAUGAGGCGACUCGACAACCUCAAGGACGUCUUUGCUAAGCUGAGUGAGCUGCACUGUGAGAAGCUGCGCGUGAAUCCUGAGAUGUUCAAGUGCCUGGGGAACAUACUGGUGAGUACACUGGCUCGAUGUUUUGGCAAAAGAUUCACCCCAGAGUUGCAGGCUGCCUAUCAGAAGGUGGUGGCUGGUGUGGCUGAUGCCCUCACCUACGAAUACCAUUUAGAUCCUGUCCUAUUUUCUUUUUAA